GUGUCGCGUUAAAGAAGCGCAGUGUUUAAAGUCUGAAAGGUGAUGCUUGGUAGCAUCCCUUCAACGUCCGGGAAGUGAAGGAGCUGACAAGGGAUUCUUCCCUCUGCUUUCUACCUCUCAAUGAAGUCAAUGAAGUCAAUGAAUCGACACUGCUAACAAACUAACGUGGAGCCGACCGCUGUCACCAUGGGAACAACAAUGAGCGAGCCCUGCAUCUACGACAAGCUGUCGGAGAGCAUCGACGUCUUGCGCCAGUCCGGCUAUCGUUACGGCAUGUCCGAGCGGGAGAUCGAGCGCUUCAUCAAGCGCAUGCUGGAGACCAACGAACCCCGACGUGACCCCCCGCAGUUCCCCCUCCUCAGGGCCACCGCCAAGUUGGUUGUUGCGCUGGGACUUCUGCUGAUGGUGGCGCUGGCGUUCACAUACCCACACAGCGAGCCGCACCUGGGCACCGCCCGCCCGGGAUCUUGCAACUGGUCGUCGCCGCUUAGUCACGUGCGAUUGCUGGCGCUGCCCAUUGCGAAAAAGUACAACUUACAAGGCUUCCACGAGUGGUGGAGUUCGGGCUCACCCAGACAGAGCUUGGUCAACUGCUCGGGUUGCGCCGAGAUCUCCUCUGUACUGGAAGUGCCAGAGAGCCUUCGCGGUACCGUCACAAUGCGUCGGGGGCCCCAGCUGGUCCAGUUGAAGGGCGGCGAGUCCCUCAGCAUUGAGCGGCGACAACUGGAGGAGCUCUACCUUGCACAUUCGACUUCCAUGUCGGUCCUGCUGGAGGACGAUGACGAUAGCGGCAAACACGACCUUAACACCGGCCUUCCGCAAGGGCCCGCCAAUUUCACCCUGCUAUGGAGGUUCCGCUCCCCGACUAGAGAGAAAGUGUUACGAUGGCUUUUUCCCAAGGCCGAACUCUGCCCCCUUCUGGACACCGCUGGUACUAUCGUACAACGCUGCCUGGUUACACACAACACAGAUAUCCACAACCAGGGCGUGAGGGUCCUGGGCUGGCUGGUGGUGGGCGAGGGGCUUCCGACACUGCGAGUUGUUCCCAUUCAGCGAUGCCAAAAGCACUGCAGCUCGUUCAACUUGUGGCUCAACCCCGGAGACAUGGUGUACGCCGACCCUCGCUACUGGCAAAUGGCGCUCUUCCCGGGACAAGGACAGAACAUCGUGUGUGACGGCUCUGCCUUUUAGCGCUUUGAAGGCGAAUGUCCCGACGUGGCGCCGGCUCGCCUGCCCCCGGUCCCUUCUGCUGAGGACUCCUCACGCUGCAAACGUUGACCUGUGACAAGGCGUGCCAGAAACGUGACGGCAAGGUGAAAAAUCGAGUCUUGUAAAAAGGCGGGAAGGAAGGACUCACUUUCAUUGUCGCCUUCUAGGACCGCUUUGAUGGUGUUCAAUUUUGCACAAAAGAGGAAAAAGCUGCUUUAUCUUGUUUCUUCUGUCUUAUUUAUUGCUACUGUUGGAUGUUUGACACAUGCACACGUCUGCUGCUUUUUACAUGUGUUGAAACGUUGCUGUACUUUGCAACAAGUCAUGGGACCAAAAACCUGGCUGCAAGAUGAAUAAAAACAUAAAUAUGA